AGGCCUGCCUCGCUAGGUGACAGCGGGGUGAUGUCCGCCUCUGGUGGGAAUGAGACAGCUUUGCUCGGAAGUUUCGCCAGGAAGCAGGUGAAGUACGGCAGCACCUGCAAGUAUGUCUCGCGCAGCGGAAAGACAAUUAAGCACGUCGUACAGCCGGGCGACACGCUACAGGGCAUUGCGCUGCGCUACGGAGUCACGACGGAAGAGCUGAAGCGUGCGAACCGCCUCUGGACAAGUGACAGCUUAUUUUUGCGGACAUGGCUGGCAGUGCCUGUGGUAGAGGCGGUGCCGGCAGUGGGUGGUGCCUCAGCCUCAGGAGGCAGAGACACCAAUGGUGAGGACAGGGCAGGCCCUGAGGACACACCUCUGCAGUCCGACGAGAGCAUUGCAGAUUUCCUGGGCCGCAUUGACAAUUCUAUUGCCAAGUCGCGCAGCCAGUUGCGCCAACUGUCUCAUACGAGGUUUGAAGAUGGCAGUGUUGAGGAGCCCACAGCUGGCGUAGCAGCACGAGACUCGGCACCAGCACCAGUGGUGAUGACCCGGCAGGUGAAGCACUCGCUCCAGAGGCACGAGCGGGACCAUGAGGAGAUCUUCCAGCUCUAGCAGUGCUCCCCCACUCAGCCAAGGACCCCAGCUCUGUGUGUGUGUGUGUGUGUGUGUGUGCUCUUGUGCGUGUGAACCCUCCGCCAAAAUUGGCAGGUACUACCGCUCCUGUGCUUGUGAAAAGGGGCUGUCAAGUUAUGACCUUUUUCUCAUCGUUGACAUGUUCUGGCAAUGGCAGGUCCUUGCUUACUGAACAUUGUAAUAAAGCCCUGCCAUUUCCUUUGCCGAUUCUAUUCUAGCUGGAAUAGGCAAGCAUGUUCCAAUUUGUCUGCCUGUUUUGAAGGAACGUAAUGACAUUGCCUCAUCAGAAGUGGCAUGCGGUGAUGCUGGAUCAUCGCUGUCAUGAGGCGGGGGUUUGCUGAAUGCCUGCAUGAAUUAAAAAAAAUGCUCCAGAUUGGAACAUGACCGUCUUUCAUGGUACAGCUUUUGCCAAAAGAAACUAAGCCACUGUGUGCACAACAACAGCCGGCACUAGGAUGUCUAGUUCGACUUCUGUCGCAUCCACACUACACAAAACUACCAAAUAAAAGCUGCUAACUCAAGAGCUUGUAGUGUCACGACUUGCAUAACCACAAAGUGAUGCAGUCAGAACUCAGAAAUUAUCUUGCUUUCAGGGGUAUCAUUUCUUUUGACAGAUGCUGUACGUUCUCUCGUGGAUCAUGAAAGGCCCAUCUGUUUUCAUGGCGCAAGAUAUUAUACUAUCAAAUAUUUUGCUGUACUUUGUUCAAAGUUAUGUUAUUCUAAACCGACUGUCGGUAUAAGUGAAACUUAGAGUAUUUAGCAUGACCCAUCAAGUGCCAUUGUCCUCGACUGUCGGUGCAUGGCUGUUUGUUUACAAGAUGUGGAUGACUUCAUGAGAAUUGCAUAUCAUUAGGACUCUGAAUUGCCAAAUUGGUAGCAUAAUUUCGCAGAUCAUCAAUCUCCUGUACUUGCGAAAAGAUGUUUGAAAUGCUUUGCACCUUUUCCUUGUGAUGUUUUGUCGUUCUGUUUUUCAUGAGGCUAUGCAGCACGUCUUGGGAGUAUGGGAAUUUUCAAUGUUGGACAGCUUUGCAAGCGUACUUGGCUGACCACCCCUUCAAACUGCAUAUUUCCUGGCAUGCUGGCCAAGGAUGUGGAUAUAAAAGUUGGUUUCAGAGGACAGGCAGGAAGAAAGAAGGAAAUAGAAGUGUUGUGAAAAAUUCAGAUGCAACUGUAUAGGUAUAGAAAAGUGUUUACCUGAUGGUGUGAUUCUAUGCCUUUCGCUCUAACCUUUGUGUUGACUUGACUGCUUCAGCUAUUUGUCAUUAGUUGCAGCAAGCUGCUGCCGAGCCGUGCAAUAAGCUGCUAGGUUUUUAUUGAAUGUGCACUCUUAUCCAGAGGUUGCUUGAAUGGAAAGUGAGCUGUAUGGAUACAUCAUAGCACUGGAUCACUUUCACUCUGCUACACAGUCAGUUCAUUCGUUAAUGCAUUGAGAAAACGGCCAGUGAACGCUGGCAUAUUAUCCUCAGUUUACAAAACUGUUUAAGUAGUUUGUUGCAAGAAAAUUGGUGCGAGAUGUUUUAUAACCUUACAGCAUGUUUUUGAAGAAUUAAAUUAACACUAUGCCCUAGUAAUAACACCAUAGUGUGUUAAGACUAUAAUAUGUGGAUGUUACAUCCAGUUGCAUACUAUUUCCAGGCCCUUGCAUCUCUUGCAUCCAGGUGUAUAUUUUUUUGCUUAUAGUAUGUGAUGCGCUAUUUUUAGUAAAAGAAAUGCAGGCAGUGCAAGAAGUUGCUUUAGCUUCUGUGGCAUAUCCUGCUAUGUAUGUAUGUGGGCAGAAUUGACAUCAAUAGCUAGAAAUUUUUAUAAGUUGUGCUUGUGCUCUAAGGUUAACAUUCUUGUUUUAUUAGUGGUGCAACUACUUUGAGUGCACGGAAUAUUAAUUUUGUCUACUACAUGCAUUAUGACAUAUAGACUUUUGCUGCAAGACUACAUUGUUUUAAUGUUCGCAUAUAAGAAGUGCAACACUUUGGGAGAGCAUUAAGCUGGUGCUCUUAAUUUCUAAUGACUAUUCAAUGUGUUUGUGUUGGAAGUGAGAAGGAUUCAUCAUUACCAAAUUACUGAUGCUAAAGUGUUACUCUGUUAUGCACUUCAUCUGGUUUACAAUAUACAUGACAUAUCUAGAAAGUUUGUCUUGAAGUGUAUAAAUGGUACUAUACUGUUAUCCUUGUGUAGAAUAGCCUGCUAUGAAGAUAAAGCAGUGUUGAAUUACAUUGUCCAUUUGACAUGCUCUUUUCUUGAAUGCUCCUUGAGAUGCCGGGCAGCUGUCGUAAACCUUGGAGCCAAAAGCCCUUGGGUGGCCUUGAAAUUUCUGACGUACAUAAGGCAGAGCUGCAAGAAUAUACUUAAUAAACCUGCAGCAUUUUAAGCUGCUGAACAUAUGCUGACUAUGAAAUUUGUUCUUAUGCUGUGACCAUAACUAGUGUGCUAAAUAUAGUUUGCCUCUGGUUACUUUUCAAAGGCCAAAGAUUGCGAUAAGGGCUAAUGUCCUGCUGUGCAAGGCCCACUAAUCCAUAUUCGCAAGUGCACUUGACUCUUUGCACUGAGCACACUGUACGUUAAGAAAGCUUUGAUAAAAGCUCCCUUGCUUAAUACGCUUGUGAUGGAGAACUGUUUUAAGGUAUGUGGGGUAUUAGUGCAGUCUUUGCAGACAUUUAUAUGAGCUCACACGUCACAUAAUGAGGACCAGUUUAAAGUCUGACAUUGCAAAAAUUAAAAUAUUUUUGCAUUCUUCCUUCUUGUUAUCGAAUCACUUUGCAUAACCAACUUGAGGAAAACAUUACUGAAAACUUCUUGCUCAACCAUUUGUGAACAUUAUUCAAUUGGUCUCUUGGCAAAAAUUUCGGAUUUGAUAUGUUUGGUCAGAGAAAAGCAUUAUUUCAAUUUUGAAUUAAUCUUGAUAUUUUUUGCCUGUGUGGCUGUGAAGUGAGUGGUCUCGCGAUAUCCUCCUGUAAAUUUGCUUCAAGUAAACUCUCUAAAUUAAUGGUUAUGCAGCUGCAUGCCAUUAUAGUUUCAUGUUGCAUUUGUGAGAUGCAACAUUUAUUAUAUAUUUAAGGUUACUGAGCAACAAGGUCAUACUUUUUUUAUUGUAUUUGAGUAUUCCCAAGCAAUUGCUAGUUAGUUGCACUUGAGCCCUGAGCUCUGAUGCUGAAAAUAUAUGGGCUUUAGGUCGGAAUGCAGCUAAAUGGUUUAAACUCAGCUUUGGAAAGGCAUUUAUUCUGCAACUCGCUAUGGAUGAGCUGUUCUGUAACUGUUAAAGAUAGGUUUUGUAUUUUGACUUAAAGGGACACUAAAAGUAAAUAUUAUGUCGAGCAAGAUUGAAAGAUAUUGCUUCUGUUAUAAUGAAUUCUUUAUUCGUAAUGACGAUAAGAGCGUUUGCGAACAAGAAAAUGAUGAAAAUAGAAAAUUCGAGUUGCACCAUCUAUUGUCAACAUGGUAUCGCUUAUGUGUGGCGUCAGCACCUCUGAUUGACAGGGAGCUGCCACACACAGUGUCUCGGCAGUGGAGGCUCAAGUGACUGUAACUGGUAACGUGAACCUAAGCAGAGCCACGGAAUGACUUGUGCAAGCUGAACACCUACACUUGCCAAGCAGUAUGCUUCGUAUAUGAGCUAAAUAGUCUACAAAAGACAUAAUGGCAUAGAGGGCGGUCACACGGAGAUGACAUCAACUCCUCCGCUUUGGCGCGGGUGGUUCAAAUUGGGAAGCACCAGCGGGAUUUUCGACGGCAAUUUCCUAGGCAAGAAAGGAUGUAUUGGCAUGCAGAAAAAUAUGAUAGAUUUCUAUACGAAUACUCGGUUGAUCAAGCGUGACUUAAUACUUUCCUUUAGUGUUGCUUUCAAUUAAUUGCUCUCAACUAGCAUCAACUGAAGAUGCUGUGCGGGGACAGUGCUGGCAAGCAAUAAUUUGUCUUUAUCCUAUGGAACACGCAUGCAUUAGCUUAUUAUCUGCGAUGUGUUGCUGCUGUUAGGUGUGUAGCUCAUCAGUGCCAGUGAGGCCUCCUUGCUGUUCUUGCAGAAAUGUGCAGCUGUGGAUUGUGCUUGUAAUGUUUAUUUAAAGGAAUGUGUGAAAGUUUGUUGACACUUUCCUAGGACUUCCUUAUUUCCAUUCUGAUGAACAUGUUGGGAUGUUUGUAAUUAUUGUAACUAGUUAAGGAUGCGAGAACUGUAAAUAAAGGAUAAUACAGAAGCAAUCAUCCUUUGAUGGCAAGUAAGCUUGUUGCUCUGCUGAAGGUUGACUACAUAUCUUAGAACAAGACUAAUUAUAGUCUACCUGUUAUUUUCCUGAAAGUGGCAGUGCACUGAAUGCAUAUAUUGUGAUGGUGGUGUUGUGUUGUGGAUUGUCUUAGUGAGCUAGAAAACAGGCUGAGAAGUUUUUUUGCAAGGUAGCAAGUGGAUCCGAACAUUGUUGAAAUCAUAUGUGUGAAGCUUUAGUUAUAGUUUAUCUGUUAAAAAGGCCCCAAAAGCUUUUCCAUGAUCAAUGCAAUUUUCUGCUUAAGCAUGUUGUCAUGUGUAGUAAACACUUUAUGAAGGCUGUUGAAUAGGUCAAAGUUAUAUAUUGUUUGUUGAGUGAGUGAUGCAAAAUAAAUAUCUCAAUGUGGCAGCUUAA